AUCUCUAACCCUGCCGUUCGAGUCGCUUAUGCCUGAUUUUAACUUAAGGCUGCGGGCAUAACAUGCAAUUAAUAUACCUUGCGGGGUGAACUUUAAAAAAAAAAAAAACGUUCAGGAUAUUCAUAUGGAAAGGUGUUGCGAAGGCAACUUGGCUUCAGAUCUAGACUUUUGGUAAUCACGACUUGAAACUGCUGAAAAUGAUUAACACCUAAAGCGUUUUUUGCUUUUUAUGUUUUUGAACAGGCGCUGAGUAUAAUUCUUGGUUAUCGGAAAAGACACUUUCUUGUAUGCGGGAUGUCCUCUCCGGUGUCGGAGGAGGCAGGCUUUUGGGACACCAGCGACUCUCCGGGCGGGACACGGCAGGCGCUGGAGACGUUAGAUGCCGAAUAUUUUAACCCAGAAACACCGGUCACCUACAACAACAGCGCGUCCGCUCCCGCUUAUGUCCCGGACACCGGGCGUGUGGCUGAAGCCCCGGUAAGGACCCGUGUCAGCUGCCCGGUACUCCAGCCGCCAGAGGCCGUCUUCCACUCGCCCAUGUCCGGCACUCGGACCCUCCUCCAGGGACGGGUGUACAACUUUCUGGAGAGACCCACUGGAUGGAAGUGCUUCGUCUAUCACUUCGCAGUGUUCCUCAUCGUGCUGACCUGCCUGAUCCUCAGCGUGCUGUCCACCAUCGACCAGUACCAAACGCUGGCCCACAGCACACUCUUCUGGGUGGAGAUGGCGCUGGUGGUGUUCUUUGGGGUGGAGUACACAGUGAGGCUCUGGUCAGCUGGCUGCCGCAGCAAAUAUGUCGGCGUCUGGGGACGACUUCGCUUUGCCAGGAAGCCCAUCUCCAUCAUCGAUUUGAUUGUAGUCAUAGCAUCCAUCAUCGUGCUGGCAAUGGGAUCCAACGGGCAGGUGUUUGCUACGUCCGCUGUCAGAGGGAUUCGCUUCCUGCAGAUCCUGCGCAUGCUGCAUGUGGACCGCCAGGGCGGCACCUGGCGCCUACUGGGCUCUGUCCUGUUUAUCCAUCGCCAGGAGCUGAUCACCACUCUGUACAUCGGCUUCCUGGGCCUCAUCUUCUCCUCCUACUUUGUCUAUUUGGCGGAGAAGGACGAGGUGGACAGCAGUGGGAACACGGAGUUUGGCAGCUACGCCGACGCCCUGUGGUGGGGUGUGGUGACUGUCACCACCAUAGGCUAUGGGGACAAGGUGCCACAGACCUGGAUUGGCAAGACUAUUGCAUCCUGUUUCUCAGUUUUUGCCAUCUCCUUCUUCGCCCUGCCUUCUGGAAUCUUGGGUUCUGGCUUUGCUCUGAAGGUCCAGCAGAAACAAAGACAGAAGCACUUUAACAGACAAAUCCCGGCAGCCGCCUGUCUCAUACAGACUUCGUGGAGAUGUUUUGCCUUGCAGAACUCUAACUCAGCAACCUACAAGAUUUUUGUGGGCAAGAGGUUACCAGGCAACACAUACAUACAGUCCAUCUCUAAGUCCAAGAUGAUGUUAAAGAAGGGGAGGAAACCCAAGACUGAGAAGGACAAUGGGUCUAACUCCCUCACUGUUCCCAAUAUCACGUUUGAGCCGGUGCCUGAAGACUGCGGGCAGUUUUCCUCUGAUACCCAUUCUGACUGCCAACGCCCAUCUGAACCCCAAGCCCUGAGAUUAUGUGGCCGCCAGCAGUCCUGGACGUCAAUCUCCUCUUUCUGUGUCCCACAAGAAACAGUGAGGAAGAUUGCUCCUCCGCCUCUGUGGCAUGACAGCAGUGUUGACGAUGAACUGGAUAUGGACCCCGAGCGGGACAGUACGCUCACCCCCGUCAUGCACACUUCGCAGUUGAGGGACUCCCAUCGAACUGCCAUCUGUAUAAUCCAGAAGAUGAGAUUCUUUUUGGCCAAGAAGAGAUUUCAGCAAGCGCGUAAGCCUUACGACGUGCGGGACGUGAUGGAGCAGUACUCACAGGGACAUCUAAACCUCAUGGUGCGCAUCAAGGAGCUCCAGAGGAGGCUUGACCAUUCCUUGGGGAAGCUGAGCUUAUUUCAGAGCAGCUCAGAGAGGACUAGAAACAGAGGGAAUAACACCAUUGGCUCCAGGCUGAACAGGAUGGAGGAAAAGAUCACACGCAUGGACCAGACACUCAACAGCAUUGCAGAAGCUCUCAGCCGCCUACUUCCUGGGUCUAUUCCAGCAGGACCUGAAGGGCCCCCCAGUGGCCAGGCUGGGGGUCCCACUGUGCUCUGGCCCCCCACAGACUUGCCCAGCCGCCGCCUGUCCAGGUUCCAGAAGCAGAGCGCCAGCUUCUCCCUGGACGAGGGCCCAUGAUGGGAUGCGGGAUUACAGGGUGCAUCCACCUCCGCUGACGCUGAGCACAAGCAGUCAGCACGGUGCCUGAGGACCCAAAUGUAGCCAGCAAGCUGCAGCUUUACGUACCAGGAGCGGCUCUAGCAUUGUGCCCCCAGGAAUGGAACUUAGCCUAAGUAGUUUCAGUGGAAUAAGCAGCGUCACAGUAUGACUACAGCACAGAUCAGUCCUGUAAGCAUUGGCUUUUCUUUAUUUUCAACAACAGCAUCAUUUGCUUUCUACAAGUCACACAAUGUAUGUAAUGCAUGUUGAGACAAAUUUCAGUUCUCUCACUAAAACACAAAAACUACCUACCAAGUUCACCCCAGUGUGCCUUUCAUGCUGUCUUAUUACUGACAUCACUGAAUAUAUGAAAUUAAUAAUUCAUGUCCCCAAAAUUAGCAAUUCGCUGCCAGUUUCUCCUGAUCUAAAACAAUGUAAUUUCUAACAGCCUCUGUGCAGUCACAGAGUCAGAAACAUCAUGUUGUCAUUUUGCUGCCUUUCACUGGAGCCCAGCUCUGCAUUCUGUAGCUCCUGGUAGAAGCUCUUUGCUCUAUGACAUUAACCUGCCUUCAGGAGGUAAAGAGCAAAAUUUUUUGAUAUUUGAAUCUGAGGAACAGUACAGGGUUGGCUCUGGGAUUGCAUGUGUAACGAUUCAAGCAUAUUAGGUAAGGAGCAUGCACUGAUUACAGUGCGUAAUGAGCAUGCACUGAUUACAGUGCGUUGCCGCACAACAAACCACCUCAGGGAUGAGAACCUGAGUGCAGCCAUGUGGCGAGUGAUAUCUCAGCACUACACUAGUCCAAAUAGACCAGUGUGAAUUAUUUUCCCAGUAGCUGGGAAAUAGCUGGAGUGUCAAUCCUGCCACCAACCAACAAGUUUUUCUCUGUAAGUUGUAGGACCUCCUUAUAGGGCUGGAUGUAGAUUAACAUCAUACCCAGGAAUGAGCAAUUGCAGGUUAAGGGUCUUGCUCAAGGGCCCAACGGAGUAGGAUCACUAAGGGCAUUCAUGGGAUUUGAACCAGCAACCUUCCAAUUACUGACACAGAUCCCUAGCCUCAGAGCCUCUACUACACCACAUAAUAUUUGAUUCCGUGUCCUUCCAGUUCAAUAUGUUACAAUCUUAUAAGAUUUUAUAUUGUAAUAUAGUGGAUAUAGGAUGUAUUGUGUAUAUAAUAUGUAAGCAUGUUCUUUCUAGAUCUUUUAAUUGAGUGACAUGAAUCAUAAUUAUGUGAAACUGAAAAUGGUCACACUUUUUAUGGGAAUGAAAAUGAUUCAAAAGUGAUUGCGUUAUAUUUACCAUUUAAGGAAGUUCUCUUUUUACUUAAUAGUUCUCAGGGUGUGUCUUUAUUCAUCACAUGGAUGUGAGUUUUUUUUAUAUAAUGAAAUGUUUAUGGAGCUUGCAUUUUUGCUGAGUUCAUAUAUGCAAUAAAUUGACUCCACCAUUAAA